AUGUGGUCAAAAUUGAUAUUUUUCGGAUUUUUGGCUGUGUGUCAAGCACAAAUCACUUCAACCGAAUCAGUUGGAGUAGCCUUAUUCAGAUGUGCUGAUAAUGAAACCUACACUGAUUGUCACAAUCCGUGUAGUGAAUUGAAAUGUUCAAGAAACGAGGCUGCUGUUUCGUGUCUGAUGAUGUGUAUGCAAGGAUGUGCGUGUAAAUCGGGAUAUUUGAGAAAUGAUCAAGGAGAAUGUGUUGAAUCGAAAGAUUGUGGGCUUAUUGGUAAGAGAUCUUCUGUCUAACCUCCAUAAUUUUUUUGUUAAGCUAAAUCCCACUCACAUUCAGCUAAUUGCUCAUGCCCGCGUGGUUAUCAUUGCUCAACUCAAUCUGGUAGAUCAAGAUGUGUUCAAAAUCAAACAUGUCGAAAUGUUCGGUGUGGAAAUCGAAGUGAAUGUGCGAUGGUAGAACCAUCUCGAUGUUAUGGUUCGAAUUGUGCUGCUCAACCAACAUGUAUACAAUCGAAUCGUAGGUUCAGCACACUAUUUUUCAGUAAUUUUUCAAUUUCAGCGUGUGAUCGAAAACGGUGCAGCGGUAGAACAGAAUGUGUUUUGAAGCAAGAGACAUGUAGAAGGGGACCGUGGUAGGUUGGUUUUCAUAAAAACAGUAUAAAGUCUGAGUUUCAGUCGUUCAAUUGUUGCGGAAUGUGUCUCAAAACGAUCGCUUGACAAAUAA